UUUGAGGUGACAACUCCACAUUUGCUCCUUGCAGACAGAAUUCAGGACUUAAUCACGUGCUGGCCUCGCGUUGCCUUGUGCUGCAAACAUGGUGCGUUGAGGUACAGUUGAACCCACCGGACAUUUUGUUUUUGAAGGUGUUUUCCAAACCUGGAGGAUGUCGGACGACGACUUGCAGGAGAGCGUGGCGGCUAAGACGCACUCAAAGUCAGCGAUCGCCCAGCUACUGGAAAACAAUAUUCAAAAUCUGCCCUACUUCGAGCAGAACAUCUUGUAUUACGGACCUUUGUACAUGGGCAUGAAUUCCGCUCUGUCGGGAAUAUUCACCAACAGUUUGUACCGCCGGGUCCUGAACAUCACACAGGGGUCUUUGGCCUCCGGCCUGCCGAUGGCCGUGUUCCCCUUCGUGUCCACGUGCGUCUUCUACAGCGCCGCGGUGACCGCCCCGCUCCUGUCGGGGGAACCGCAGUGCCCGGGCUGCGUGCUGCUGAGGGGCGCCCUGGUGGGGGUGGUCGGCGGCCUGUACCCCUUCAUGGUGGCCCUGCCCCUCAACAUGAGCCUGGCCUGCCGCUUCAACACGGCGCCCAUGCCGGAGAAAGGCAACCGCCUCCGCUUCUGCAUCGACCUCUCCAGGCCCGUGAUGAGGAAGGCUAAGCCGGCUCUGAUCCUCCAGGUCUUCUUUAGUAUGUUCCUCAGCUCAAGGACCUUUGAAAGUUACCUCAAACUCUGUGAAGUCGCCUUGGGUUCACGGAACGCGGGACUGCAAAACUGAAAUGUCAGAUUUACUACUUCUAUGCUUUUCCAUACUAUUGUGUGUUCUAGUACACAACUUCCAGACACUCUAAAGGAUCAACACGCAACAUUUGCAAUGGAAAAUAUUCACAGAAAUGACAAAUAAAAUGCAUAAAAGAUCA